ACGAUCUGUCUUCGUUUCCUAAACAACGGCGACGCUGGGAAUGGGACUUUUUGAUAAAGAUUCAAAGUAUUGAACUUGAAAGUUGGUGCAGCAUGCCUCCAAAAAAGGGAAAGGGGAAAGGAAAAGGGAAGGCAAAGAAACAAGAAGGAGAGAGUGGACCAGUUGAACCGCCAGAACCAACAGAGAAAGAGUUGCUUUUGAAGAACGAAUUAGAGACGCUGACUGAUGAACUUGCCAGCCUGAAGAAAAAAGUUGAAGAACUCCGGAGGGAAAAUGAAUGGUUACAACAAGAAGCACAGCAGACAAGGAUUGAGAGUCACGAGUACAUGUCGUAUAUGGCUAAGAAGGCUCACAAGCGCCAGUCUACUAUUGUAACUCUGAGUGAUCAAAACCAGCAAGAAAUCAGAAAUAUUCAGGAAGAAAAAGAGAAGAUGCUGAAGGUAUUUGAAGAGAAGAAACAAGAUUUACAGGAUGUUCUAAUGGCAAGAGAAGCAGAGUUAGCAAAGACAAGAAAGGAAUUAGAAGAUUUGGAUGAUUUCAAGAAAUUACAACAGGAGCAGGUGAACAAGAUAAGAGAAUUGGAGAAAGAAGUAUUGAGGAUGCGAGGGCAGCAUACAGAAACCAUCCAGAAACUAAAGACCCAGUUCCUUACCGAGAAAAAACACUUCCAGGCUGACUCAGAGGCUAGAAUCCAAGAAGUUGCCAGACAAGCAAAUAAGGAAGCCAUGCAUUGCUUAGGCGAUCACACCACCAAGAUCAAGGAGGAAAACCGCAAGCUUCGCCACGAGCUCCUGAACUUGAUCCACAGGUCGAGGGCGCUACAUAGCCACAAGGAAGAACUGGAGAAGCAGCAGCGGGACCUGAUACGGGAGCAGCAGUAUGCUGCUGACCUCAAGAGACUGAAAGGCACCAGGCAGCACAAGGUUCUGAAAUCAUUUGGGAUGCUAGAUGGUGAAGAAACCCCUAAGACAGCUUCUAGGUAGUUUCUGAAGAUAUCCUCAAGAGAGAACUGCCUUGUGGUGAUUAUAGAAGAACUUGGUUCCAGUGACAAUAAAAAGACAGUCAAUGUUGAAAGUGAGUUAAUUAUAUCCUGAUGUACAGGCCACCAAGCGGCACGUACAUGUAUAGCUUCCAGAGUUAAGAGAUUCUUAAGAGACUAUUGUCUCUGGAUGAUUUUUGGAGGACCUUGGUUUAAUUGAUGGCCCAAAGAUUUUUUAAAACAGUACUGUAUCCUGAUAUACAUUUGUAGAUCAACAAUGUAUCCAAGGAGGGGAUCCUAAGAAGAAGUCAGUAUUGAGAUGAUUUGAGAGAAAAUCGGUUGUAAUGACAACACAAGGAUGGCCGGUGUUUGAAACCAAGUAGGGUUUUGUCCUCAUAUAUGAAGACCCCAAUUCCCAGAUGCAAUACAUCCACCUUAGUUCUUUAGGGUACCGGUAAAAUGCAUUUGUUGACCAUAAUUAGUUUAUAGAAGACUGAUAUCAGAUAAUGCAUCUUUAAUCUCAUGAUUGCUCUCAUAAUAGAAGUAAAACCUUCCUUCAAAAGACAGUUCGCUUCCUAAAUACAGGUAAUCAAUGCUGGUAACUUGACCUAUGUCCAAUCUAUAGAGGCCAAAGAAAUCUGUUUGACUUUAGCAGAAGUUUGGUUGAUAAGGUGUAUAUCAGACAUAUUUUGCAUAAUCUGGUCUUAAAAGUUGAAUCGACUUUAUAUGUAAAGUUGACUAACGCAAGUUUACCUGUAAUUUACUUUUCGUUAUUGUUGAUAGCUUCUGGAACUGGGCUCUUCAUUUAUGCCACUAAUAAUUAACUCCAAAAUUUGGAUUCUGAUAUUGAAGGAGUAUGCUGUUUAGAGAUUGGCAGUAAGAAUGUGCAUCCUGUUUAAAAGCAGAGACAGUGAUGAUAGACCUUGUAAUUGCAAAUAGAAAUACUGCCUUUGAAGAUAGAAAAGACUAUUAAUAUAUUUAUUUACUUCCUUUCUACUAUAGUAUUGUAAUAUUGCAACAUUUAUUGCUAAUAGUUUAAUUGCUUUUAUCUGCAGAUUUGCCCCCUUCUGACUCUCCCUAAAAUCUUUAUCUGGAACUCCCCCCCCCCCCCCUUCCAUCUUUUAAUUUCUUUAUCUUAUGAAUGCAUCCUCUGUCCAUAAUACCUCCAUUGUAACUAGAUAUAAAUUGAUUAAAAUUUUAUUUUUGUUCUGCUGCUUCACUACUCUUUCCAUCUCAUUCUCUUUCAUUCACUUGCCUUCCUUUUACUGUAUGUUAUCCUCGUGCAACAUUUUCCUCCUAAGGCCAUUUUUUUUUACCGCUAGGAUUCUAAUAUUUCUGAGUCGGGUAUAUUUUUACUUCUCAUACAUGUAUGUACAUGUAGUCCACAGGUAUAUACAGGCAAUUCUAUAAAUUAAUUACAAUUUUACAUCUAACCACCUACUAAAAGGUUUAUCAUUUAUGGAAUUGCCAUUAUAUGAACCUCAAGACUAUUUUUAUUGGGAUAAACAAGACCCCCUGGAGUGAAUGCCCACACAUGAAGUGAAUGAAGACAGAAGAUCUACAAAAUAAUAACUUUAUUUGAACUCUUGAUUUUCUUGUUCAGCUGUCUAACAAACAUGCAGUUCUCAUAGAAAUACAAGGAUAACAUUUAAUCUUUCAACACCAUGGGGGAAAAGAACACAACGUGUUACUACCAUUUUGAAAAUGGUAUCAAACACAAAUACAUAACUGUACAGGUAAUACUGAUAAUUCUGAAAGAGCAGCUUGAAACAUGUAUGUUUAUAAGGCACCUUAUUUAUUUAUGACUGUAUAAGGUACACAAGUUGGUGAGGAGAAAUCUCUGUUAUAGAUCUGGUGGAAAGUGACAUUACAUGUAUUAUACCUUGGGGAAUGUUUAGGUUCUGACAUGAUAAAAUGAGUGAAGAUGAAAAUUGCGUUAAUGUAUUCCAGAGUCCGUCCCAAAUUGCUCUUUCAAAGUUGUACAUAAAUUUGUAUUUUGUCAUACAAUCUGUGGUAUAAUUAUUAUCAAUGUUAUUAUUGUACAAUAAAUGUUCUGAAUACAUCUAUAUUGAAUUAUAA